UACUCUCUCCUCCCUCCACCAUAAAUAAAAUACCCACCCGCAAUUUCCCACCUAUUUUCCGCGAAGAAUUUCACGCCUUCAAUCAGAUUCAAUUCCAGUUACUCUCUGAUUCAUCGCGGAAACUAACUACUCUUAUCUCAAUCAAUGAUGAAGAAAUCCGGCGCCAUCGCCGCCUCCGUCGCCGCUUCCGCCACCGCGAUCUCGUCGGCGUCGUCCGCCAAAUUUCACUUCCCUCGCGAGGAUGAUCGGGCGAAGAAAAACACCGAGAAGUCUGCAUCACAGGGAUCGUCUUCUUCGGAAAAAUUCGCGCCGAGGUUUGAUGGAUUGAGAUUCAUAGAGACGCUGGUGACAGCUCAUAGAUAAGAUCAUCUGCGCGUUUCUAAUUUUUUCCUCUUCUUUUUCCGUAUUUUUGGUCCCAGUAAUUAUUUAAAAGGCUUGGAUGUUGAGUAUUAUAAGGGACCGGGUGAUUUGUAGGCUAAUUUGGCGUUGUUAGGUUGAUUUAUAUUGUUGUAUCAUUGCUGUGUAUUGACGUCGACGGAUAUAAGAAUGUAUUUGUAGUUUGAUAGAGAGAGAGGCUUUUUCUAAAACCGUUGCUAGUUGCUUUAUCUUUUCUUCAA